UAGCCGAAAACCCUCUCCCACGGGCCGCGCACUUUUGUUGUCGUGUCGACGUUUUACGGUCCUCCUCCGCAGCAGCAGCGUAGGUCUCUCAUUCGCAUAAUAUCUGUCCAGUCGCGUAUACAAACACCUUGUAAUCAAUAUAAACGAAAAUGUCUGAAAUCACUCUACCAACCGUUUGGAUACUUGGGGGACCCGGUAGCGGCAAGGGCACCCUUUGUGACAAGAUCGUUGCCAAAUACGGGUUUACUCACAUUUCGACUGGUGAUUUGCUGAGGGAUGAAGUGAACACAGGAUCAGAACGUGGUCAAGAACUGGUGAAGAUUAUGAAAGAAGGAGCCCUAGUUCCCACAUCUGUUGUGAUGGAGUUACUCAAUGAGAAGAUCAAAAGCAAAGUAGCAACAUCCAAAGGUUUCCUGAUCGAUGGUUAUCCACGUGAGAAGAAACAAGGAGAGGAAUUCGAAACAGCGAUAAAACCAGUAGACAUGGUAUUGUACUUAGAAUCCAAAGACGAGACAAUGGUGCAGAGAUUGCUUAAACGAGCUGAGACCAGUGGUCGAUCAGAUGACAAUAUGGAAACAAUUAAAAAGCGGUUGCAGACGUUCCAUGACAAUAACGAUCCUAUUAUAGAAGCGUACAAGUCUAAGGUAGUGAUAAUAUCGGCCGAACAGAGUGCCGAGGCUGUUUUUGCCGAAGCAGAGAAAAAACUUGAUACAUUAGUUGCAUAAUCUUAAAAAUGGAAGUCUACAUCAGUUUUGAUGACAAUUUAAAUCUACAAAAUUAUGGCUAAAGCUCAAAGUUCCAUUUGAAAAAAUAUGAAAAUUAUUUUUUCACAAAUGUAUAUUCACACAAGCUAUAAAUAUAGAUUUAGGUUCGGAUUAAUAAAAAAUGUUAAAUUAUCAGUGUUAACUUGGUUAAUCAAUAUAAUUAUUGCAUUCAUUGUA